AUGCUAAUGGAGGAUCCCCGGGUGCUGAUGCGAAGCAGCACCUGCCAGCGAGACAGGCGGUCGGCCGGGGGCAGGAGGGAGGCGUACCGGCGAGCCGAGCUCCUGCUGCCCCAGGCCCACGGGCUGGACGCGGCGGCGCUGGCCGAGAACCUGGGGCUGCACGACGUGGCCCAUCAGAUGGAAGAGGUGCAGAACGUGGAAGACCAACACUUGCUAAUGCACGACCAGACAGUCAUUAGAAAAGGUCCUAUUUCCUUAACGAAAAACAGUGCUCUGGGUCUCCCCUGCCAGAAGGAUGGAUUAAUUGGAGUGGUGAUAAACCCCAAUGAAGUAUUUUGUUCUGUUCCGGGGAGGCUUUCUCUGCUGAGUUCCACAUCUAAAUAUAAAGUGACAGUAGCAGAAGUUCAGAGAAGGCUCUCGCCUCCAGAAUGCCUAAACGCCUCUUUGCUGGGAGGCGUACUCAGAAGAGCCAAAUCCAAAAAUGGUGGCAGAUCACUAAGGGAAAAACUGGAUAAAAUUGGCUUGAAUCUUCCAGCCGGUAGAAGGAAAGCUGCAAAUGUGACUUUAUUGACGUCUUUGGUAGAAGGUGAAGCGGUACAUCUUGCUCGUGACUUUGGCUAUGUAUGUGAGACAGAGUUUCCCUCUAAAGCAGUGGCUGAAUAUUUAACCAGACCGCACUUGGGCCGUAACGAGAUGGCUAACAGGAAAAACAUGCUUCUUGCUGCAAAGCAGAUCUGUAAGGAAUUCACAGACCUCCUCACUCAGGAUAGAACUCCUCUUGGAAACACUAGACCUAGUCCAAUCUUGGACCCUGGUAUCCAGGGCUGUUUGACUCAUUUUAGCCUGAUCACACAUGGCUUUGGGAGUGCUGCCAUCUGUGCUGCCAUGACAUCCGUCCAGAACUACCUAAAUGAAGCGUUAAAAAUAGCAGACAAAACCUAUAUGAACACUGGUGACCAGAGCCCUGCAGAAACCAACAAAACCAUUGAUAAAAUGGAUAAGCACAGGAAGUAAAAUGAGAGAAACCAGACUUUUUCGAACCGUUCCUUCUAAACACAGACUUGAGUUCUUCUUGCCUAGGGGGCAGGUAGGAAAAAAGGGGGAGUGGAGGGGGAAAUGGCCCUUUUUUCAGGGUCUUCACCCCCCCCUUCCCCCCCACUCCGGAUCCGUAAGACAAACCUUUCUAAAGCUGCGUUGUCCCUUAACUGUGGAAUCAGUUACCGAAGAUGAGUACCGGCACAAACGUAUUAAAAUCCUUUGCUGUAAAAGUGGUGCUAUAAUGUUAUUGAUGGAUAUGCAAAAAGAUAGAGAGUUUUCAACACCUAACUAUCUAGUGGUGACUAGCUCUGUGUAUAUUUUUUAAGAUGCAAAUUUUAGAUUGGCUCCCGUUCACUGUCGGAUGAAAUUUCAGGUUUUUAUUCUUUUUAAAUGCAACGAUAACAAUAAUGCAGUAUUAAGCAAUGAUUUUUAGAUUUACGUACUUUAAAUGUUUUAUAAAUACCUGAAGAUGGCAAGAUCAUUCUGGUUUUGCUUUAUUUUCAGACUACCAUGGGAGAAAAUUGAAGUCUUUAGAUGUAAAAGCUAUUUGAUGGCAUUUGACACGUUUGUUUUAAUUACGAGGCUUAUUUUUUAUGGAAACAUUCAGGCUUUUUAAAACUGCAGGAAUGUUGGCUGCAGUGGAUAUCAUCUUGAUAUUUUUUAACAAAUAAGAACUACAUCAGACUGGGGAAAAAAAAUCCUUUUAGGCAAAAACAGAUUUUCUAAGGAUAUUGCAGCUUUAUUUGCAUAUUUAUAUUGGGUCAUGCUUUUAAAUUGAAAAAAAAACUUGAAAGAAUAGGCACAUAACUUUUUUCUUUUUUUUUUUUUAAGAGAACAUUUUUGCCAAUUAGGGCCUAAAAAAAGAAUCCAGGGAGGCUUUAUGUGAAUUUAAGGGAAGCAGUGUGUUGAAUGUAUAUAUUUAUUUAUGUGUAAUUUAAUCGGAUUUGUAAAUAAUGGUGAACUUUUUAAUACUUUUUUUUUUUUAUAAAAAUGGUUUCAAAUUUUAAUUUUGGUAAGUAUUUCAAAGGUAAUGGGUAAGCUAAAUACAUUGUUAGGUUUAUGCACAGGUAUGUUAUACAGGGUAUUUAAGACUUUUUUUUUUUUUUAAUUCUCAGUUCUUGCCACUGAAGAUUAAAUUUUAAUCGGAGGUGUAUGUUCACAAAGCAAUAAUUUUGUGUAUCAUUUGCCUGAUAACUGACUAGACAUGCAAAAUGAGUGUGUGAGUUACUGUGUGUAUGUGAAUACUGGAGGUUAUGAACUACUCUUUACAUAUUUGUAAAUGUUUCCAAUAUAAUUCUGAUGUAUAUGAUAACCAUAUAAUAAAAGUAUUCUGGAUAGAA